CGUGUAAGCCUGGAAUGCCAUGCUCUUUGUCUCACCCCAACCCUCGCCUGAUGCUCAUGCAUUCAUUGUCUUCUAUUUCAAGCGCCGAGAACUGCGAGAUCUUCCGGAUAUGAGUCUUGGCAAUAUCAUCCAAACUCUCGGGUCUUGACAAGGCCUGGGAGAGACUCAAGAUGAACGAUGCAGGCGGGGAAAAGAUUGAUGAACAUCUCCGCGCAGCUGAUCCUGACGGUAAGAAGCUGCCAAAACAACAGGAGCAUGAGCAGAUGCAUCUGGACCCGAGCCGAUGGUGGUUCGCCUCUUCUGCCUUUCCCAUGAUAGCAGGCACAUUGGGUCCAGUCGCGUCAGCAUUCAGUAUCUGCGCCCUGGCAAGACCAUGGCGACAGAACUACCUCCCCGGCUCCAACCUGGAUGCGGCCCCGUUCAUCAGGGACCCAAUAUGGCUCACCAUCAUCAACGCCAUCCAGCUGCUCAUCGCGCUCAUAGCCAACAUGGCUCUGUUGCUUAACAUGACGCAGCGACUGAGGUUCUCCAUUGCCCAGCCAGUCACCAUUGUAGGAUGGUACAUCUCCUCCAUAUGCCUAAUUUCUCUCACCGCAACCGCCUCUGGCCCACUGAUCAUCGAGCCCACGAGCCAAUACAUCUGGUCCCAGGCCUUCUACUACGGCAUCUACGGCGCCGCCCUUUACUUCCUCGUCGCUUCCCUCAUGGCCAUCACAUUCCUCGGGGCUCAAACAGAGCACUACCCCAAAGACUUUGUGCUCACCCCUAGCCAAAGGACACUGAUGAUGCAGACUAUCUUGCUGCUCUUCUACCUCCUCCUUGGCGCGUUGUUAUUCGGUAGGAUUGAAGGCUGGAACUAUCUUGACGCAGUGUACUGGGCGGCUGUCACCCUUUUUACCGUAGGGUUCGGGGACUUCUCCCCACAAACCGGUCUGGGGAAGGGACUGGUCAUGCCCUUUGCUUUGGUGGGGAUCAUCAGCCUCGGUCUUGUCAUUGGGUCGAUUCGAAGCUUGGUACUUGAUCGUGGCAGGCGUAGGCUUAGCGCCCGGAUGGUGGAGAAGAGAAGGCGGAGGAUGCUAAAGCAGAUGACGAAGAAGGGCAAAGAUGGUAUUCUCGUGCCUAUAAAAGAGGGCGAGGAGCUCAGGCAGACGCCUUCCGAGGUUGAUCGCGGCCUGACCGAGUUUGAGAGGCGAGAAAAAGAGUUCAAGCUGAUGAGGGUUAUCCAAAAGGAGACGUCAAAAAAGAGGAGGUGGUAUGCCACUGCCGUUUCAGCGUGCACCUGGGCUGCGUUGUGGUUAGGGGGGGCAAGGAUCUUCCAGGCCUGUGAGGAACCAUACCAGGGGUGGACGUAUUUUGAUGGGAUAUUCUUUUGCUUUGUGAGCUUGACGACUAUCGGCUACGGGGACAUCGUCCCGGUCUCUAACGCGGGGAAGUCCUUCUGGGUGUUUUGGGCGUUGUUGGCUUUGCCGACAAUGACGGUGUUGAUCUCCAACGCCGGUGACACAGUGGUUAAGGGUAUCCGCGACGCCACCGACGCCAUCGCUACCAUCACCAUCCUCCCUAGUGAACGCCCCUUCAAAAAGGACCUCAAACGGUUUCUCAAACAUGUUUCGUUUGGGGUGUUCUUCAAAGAAGAAAUCAUUGAGGAAACACCCACUGGCAUUUUAGGCGAGGCUCAAGACCGCGACAACACCAGCUCGGACUCGGAAGAAGAAAACGACGCCGAGACAGCCCUUCAGCGGGGUCAAGCCGAGUCAUCGAAUUCAUCACCUACCUCCCCCAGAGUUCGAUUCAACCCGCCCUUUCGAAACGAUGACGCUCAUGACAAAAACAUUGACGAUAACACCGCCGAUGAGAACCACCCCCAUGGUCCUGGUCAACAUCUCUGGGAAAGGAAGAAAAGAAGGAAAUCUGCCCCGUUUACUCUGCCAAAUCGCCAGCAGGAUUAUUUGGUCAUUUUGAUCGAUGAAGUUGCGAGGGUUACGGCGCAUUUGAAGGAGCAUCCUCCGAGAAAGUACUCGUUUAAAGAGUGGGCGUGGUAUUUGAGGUUGAUUGGGGAGGAUGAGAGUGAUGCCGGUCAGCAUGGGAGGGCGAGCACGCAUGUGAGGACGAAGAAGGAUAAGUUUAGGGGGGGGAGGCCGAAUGAGGGGUUGGAUGAUAGGGGGGAGGCGAGGGUCACGGAGAAGGUGGUGCCGUGGAGUUGGGUGGGGAGUAAGAGUCCCUUGAUGGGGGGGAAGGAGGAGGCGGAGUGGAUUUUGGAGAGGUUGAUUGAGCGGCUGGGGGAGGAGUUGAGACGGGGGAGGAGAGGGGGGGAUGAUGAUCAGGAGGGAGAAGGGCAGCGUGAUGAACAUGAGGGAAGAGGGGGGCGUGACGAACUGUAGUGGGAGAAUGAUGUUUUGUGGAGUUCAAGGCAGGAUGAGAUGAAGAGCUGGUUGAGUGAUACCCAUCUUAAAGUUCGGCGUAAUGGUAAUUUCUGGUACAAGAUAAUAGUGAUCCUACGGUACAAGUAUAUACCAGCAAGCCGGGCGAUUCAAGAGAGCACUGAUGCUCUCAUCACUAGAUCUUUGUGCUUUUAGAGCGCUCCCGAUGAAGACGACCGCGAUUGCUGUAAACCUAUCAUGACCAUCAUGGCAACAAAAGAAAAAUCAA